AUGCUGGUGAAUGGUCGAAUUGACAGUGAUAAUUAUGGAAAGGAGACGCUGUUCUCAUCGGAGGAAGAGUUGGGGUUAGUUGAACAUGCAGAAAAUUCUGCUAGACUAGGCUACGGCUACUCAAACACCAGCAUGCAAAGAUUCGCCGGCGAACUUGCAUACAAGUUGGGAAAGCGGCCGUCGGAUGAGCCGCUCAGCAACUGCUGGCUCUAUAGCUUCUUGAAGCGAUGGUAUGACAGGCCCCGAUCACCGCCCCCUAAUAGUAUAGCACUGACAAAGGAAAAGGCCCAUGCUGUGACCUCACCACGUUCCGCUACAACAACGUUGAUUGCUUUUGCUAAUGCUGCUGGAGCCUGUAUACCCCCAUAUUUCGUGUUUAAAGGUAAGAGAUACAACGAAGAGCUGUUGGAAGGUGCAACACCGGGCGCACGGGCUACAAUGUCGGAUUCCGGAUGGUCAACGACAUACGUUUUUAAGGACUACCUUGAAAACCAUUUUCUUAAGUACGCAGCUAGAACCGACGAAAACCAGCCAAUCCUACUUCUUUUAGACGGCCACACUACCCAUACGACACCAGAACUGACCAGAUGGGCGAGGUCUAAAAACCUGCACCUUUUUUGCCUACCCGCGCACUCAUACCACUUGCUGCAACCUCUUGAUGUCGCUGUCUUUGGGCCAUUUAAGAGGUAUUAUUACAGCGAGUGUGCAAGCUUCAUGAAAGAAAAUAUAGGCAAAGCUGUCACGAUGUAUGACAUGGCCCGCAUAGCAUGUAAGGCCUCCUUGAAGGCAAUGAGCCCAUGGAACAUUGUUUUGGUUUCAAUGAAACUGGCGUUGAACAAGCACGCCAUAUCCGAUGUUCAACUCAUGCCAUGCGAGGCCUUUCGAGAUGAGACACCUGUCUUGAAGUGCAGGGCAAUCCAGAGCAGAAAACAUGCGGUUGAUGCAUAUCUAGAACGGAAGCUAACCGUCAACGCAAUUUGUUCCUGUCUCUACAACUGCCAGAAGAAAAAGCCGCCACCUUCCAUUAAGAAGCAUGACCCCUCUGGCAAAGAAAUCACCAGUGACGAAUUUCUCGAAGAUAUGGAAAUGUAUGCUUCACAGAAGGAAAACCUGCCGCCAAGCUCCGACAUGGCACGAAAAAGCGAAAGCCGACACCCGUGGCCUCUCACAUAA